AUGUCGCAAAGCUCCGAGAGAACGAUCACCACCACCUCCGUCUCCUCCCCAAAUCCUCCGAAUUCUUUACCGAGUGCACAUCAUUUUGUGUCACUCAAACUAACUCACCGCAAUUAUCUGUACUGGCGCACCCAAAUCAUCCUGUUUUUACGUGGACAACACCUACUUGGAUUCAUCGACGGUUCGCGCCCAUGUCCGUCGUCGGUUCUGGAAGUUCCCGCCAGUGAGACUUCGGACGACGCUGCAUCCGUGACGGCAAAUCCAGCGUAUGAGGCGUGGCUGGAGCAGGAUGCCUCCAUUCUCUCCCUUCUCAUCUCCUCCAUCUUUGAUGAGGUGAUGUAUUUGACGCUCGGGCAGACCAGGUCUCGCGGAGUGUGGCUCGCGACGGAGACGUAG